AUGGGUGUCCUCGUGCUGCUGUCGUUGCUCUUCUUUGUUCCGUUUCUCUUCUUUCUAGGGCAUGUGCAAACAGCGUUUCUUGCUCUCUCGUCGUGCCUGGGCGAACGGUUCCGUGCACGGGUGUCCGGCUUCACCGUCAAUCCUCGCCAUGGCUCCUACGACCGCACCUAUUUUCGAACCAUGACAAACCCGGGUCCUUCAUCCUCGGAGCAUAUCGAGUUGGAGACCAUGCUCAAUGCGCAGGGACUGUACCCUGAUAAUCACGACGACGACGACGACGACGACGACGUGUGA